UGAUCGUGCAGCGUUCGUACAAAUACCAUGCACUGACGCAUUUAUUAAAAUUAUACGAUUUAAAAUCCAAUGGACAAAGAUAUGCUCCUUGUAGUUGUUUUUCUAGUUUCCAGUCAAAGAUUUCUUUCCUCUCACACACCUAGGUCUUACACUUGAGAUCUUCCGGUGUCAAAGUUGACCGGCAGUGCUGUCAUUUCUUUGUUGCCUGUGUAGCACCUAAUAUUUUGUGAAUAGAAGAGCGGGAUAGAUGGAAAAUAAACAGUUAUCUGUACAGAAGAAGCAAUUGUAAACCUUACCCACAUCAGGUUCGUUCAAAACCAACCAAAAGAUGGACGAAAAGCAGAAUGGAUCAUACCCUGUUGUCUCCCCGGAGUACCUUCAUCAGUGGGUUCAGUCUGCACAGCAGUUUCAAGCUCUCCAGGCUCAAUAUUCAAGCUUGAACCAGGACCACCAGUUUCACUACCCACAGGGGGAGACAGGAGAGACAGCCAUGGCACACAUGGCUAAUCCAGAGCCCAUGAUGGAUCAGCAGCAACCUGCCAACCUGGCAAAACCCCCAGCCAAAAAGAGAGGCAGAGCAGCACUGCCAAAGGAACCCAAGGCACCAAAACCUCCAAAAGUCCCCAAGGCACCGAAACCACCGAAACCACCGAAGGAACCGAAGGCACCGAAACCACCCAAAGACCCAAAUGCACCUAAGGCCAAACCGGGUCCAAAGCCCAAGAAGGCUGCUGAGGCUCAAGCAGAUGGCAAGCAAGAGAAGAUUGAUGAGAGCUUCAAGAAGGUGAAGAGGAAAAUUGACCGCUUCAAGGGGAUGUCAGAGGAGGAAGUAAUGAAGAAAACUUUACCAGACCUGCUGGAUUACAACCUGGACUAUGUCAUUAUUGGUAUCAAUCCAGGAUUGAUGGCAGCUUACAUUGGACGGUGGUUUCCAGGUCCUGGAAAUCACUUUUGGAAGUGCCUGUUUCUGUCUGGAUUUACUGAGGAGCAGCUAAACCACAUGUCCGACACUACUCUACCUACAAAGUACAAAAUGGGCUUUACCAACAUGGUGGCCAGGGCGACACCAGGGAGCAAAGAUCUCUCAAGUAAAGAGUUGCGUGAAGGAGGCAAAAUUCUCGUUGAGAAGUUGAGGAAGUUCAGACCUCUUAUUGCUGUUUUCAAUGGAAAAUGUAUUUAUGAAAUGUUCUGCAGAGAAAUGUUUGGUAAAAAACCAAAGAAACUUGAUUUUGGAUUGCAGCCACACAAGAUCCCAGAGUGUGACGUGGCUCUGUAUCUGAUGCCUUCAUCGAGCGCUCGUUGUGCUCAGUUCCCUCGUGCUCAGGACAAAGUCCACUUCUACAUCAAACUGAGGGAGCUCAGAGAUCAACUAAGGGGUGUCCGAAAACAGACUGAGAUCGAGGAGAUUGACUACACAUUCAACCUGCAACUGGCCAAGGAGGAUGCCAAGAGGAUGGCUAUUAAGGAGGAGCAGUACGAUCCUGGUUAUGAAGAUGCCUACGGUGGAGCAUAUGCAGAGAAAGGACCUGAAGGAGAGCCGGCCCCGAGCCAGACCAACGGUCACUGUACAUUCUCAUCUGUAGAAAACAGAGAAGAAACGCAGGAGGCGGCAACGUCACAAGUAGCAGAAGGGCAGCUCCCAGACGGACAGUGGAUGACCCAGUCCUUUGCAGAUCAGAUCCCAGACAUCAGCGGUGGUCCGAAGGAAGGCAGCGUAUAAGGAAAAGACUUAUUGUCUGGUUUUGAAUCAUUUUCCUUUUUAUUAGGGUCCGAGUGGGAUAUACACACAUUGUUGGACUUUUUAGAGAUUUUGCAGAACAUUUUUUCUGCACUUUUAUUUCUUUUGUGGUCUUGUAUACAUGUAUGAUCAUCUUCACGGCAGUCUUUUUUUAAAUAUGUGAAAUCAGGGACUUGACAAUGAUGCUUGACUGUCCUUGGAGAAGGUCAUGUAUUUAAAUGUUUGUUUUGCCUUUGUACUCUACUGUUCCAUACUGCACUGAGACGCAGUAACUGUAAACGGUCACAUCUACUGUUGUAACAGUAGAUAAAUUCUAGAUGAUUAUUUUCUAAGCUUGACUGAUCAGUUGGAGCCUAUAUGAUCCUCAGUGAAUUGAGGAUUUAGUUAGCAUUAAUGUAUUACAUUCAUGGUGCUAUGAACUGAUUACGAUCCAGUGUGAUCACUCAACCAGACUCAACAGGUAUGUCAGAGAUUCCACUGAAGGAAUAUUUGACAAACUUCUCAAUGUAAUGUUACAGGUUUUAUUUUACUCUUUGCUAUUAUCACUUUUUUGCUUUAGGAAUUUUAGAAUUAUGUUUUGUAUGUUUAUGAAAAUCUUAUUCAAAAGGAAUUUUAUGAAACACUUGUCUAUUAAAAUGUCCUGAUGAUGCCUUUUCUACAUUA